GCUUGUCAUGUUCUGUGGACGAUUCUAACUUCCGAUUGUUUUAAUGCAGGAACCGGGACUCUGUACGUGUCACAACCGCAACAAGCCAAUAGAGUAAAUACAAACUAAGAGCAACAAUGAAUGGCGUCGUCCUAUCUGGUGUAAAUGUCACCGAAACGGGGCAAAGCGACGAACUGGUCGGCCUCAGACAGUUAUUCCUCCAUUUGACUAAUUACCUCUGGGUGCCGCCAGUGGUAUUUGGCAUCCCUGGAAAUAUUAUGUCUCUCCUUGUUGCUAAUAGAAGUCAUAAUAAGGAUUUGUCUCCGUGUGUUUAUAUAACAGCUAUGGCUGUUGCAGACACAUUAUUCUUGGUUUCCAUGGCUUGGUUCCGGCCGGUGAUACAAAUGACGCUUUAUUUUUCUGGCCUUGGCGAGGAAAUUCCGCAUCUGAGGGAGUACCUCUACAAGUACCAUUGGUUUAUAACGGCAACCACAUCUAUGAUGUCCGGGUUGUUUCUUGCUGAGAUGUCCCUGGAUAGGCUCAUAGCUGUCAGGUUCCCCAUGUCUGCCGCGAGACUCUGCAACAAAUCAAGGACAAGGAAAAUAAUCGCCAUCACUACAAUACUAGUCACCCUCUUCAAUUUAAAUACAUUUGUCACGCAUAAACACGCGAGAAACCGAGAGACAGGUGACGAAGAUCUCUUCCUAAAAGUGGAAGAUUAUCCAAUUGUUGAGCACGUUGUUUCGUCUUUCGAAAUGAUAUUUGGAGCGUUCUUGCCGUUCGUCAUUAUUUCUUGCAGCAACUUCUUCAUAAUCAUCACGGUUCAACAAGCUGUCAAUGAACGCCGGAAGAUGGAGUUGCAAGGUGAAGGCGACGAGGACCUUUAUAUUCAUGUCGAAGAUUAUCCAAUACUGGAGCCGAUUGUAUCAAAUUUUCAGUUAGUUUUCGGAGCCCUGUUGCCUUUUGUAGCUAUUCUGAGCAGUAAUGUCGUCAUAAUCAUCACGGUUCGACUGGCCUCCAAAGAACGCCGGAAGAUGGAGUUGCAAGGUGAAGCUCUUGAAUAG